AUGCUAGAGGCAGAUGCAUGGGUCUUAUCUGAUACAUUCAUGCUUGAUGUGAUGAUUGUUGAGCCAUCUGAAAUAGAUUUUUCGGAGACGGACUUUAUGCUUUCGUCUUUCCUUUUGGUCUGUGGAGUUUUGCUAUUUACCUGUGAUUUGCUACUUGAAUCUGUAGCAGUGCUUGGCUGUUUGCUUGCGUCUUUUUUAUUGUCAUGUGUAACGCUCUGCUUAUCUUGA